AUGGUAAUAAAUAAUAUUAUCGAUGAAGAAAAUGAAAAAUCAAUACAUACAGAAAUUAAAUGUUUAAAAAGAAAGAAUGAAAAAAAAAAAAUUACCAAACUAAAUUGUGAUAUAACAAAUUCAAAUAAUAAAGAAUUUUUUUAUAAUAAUGAAAAUAAAAAAUUUCAAAAGAAGAAUCAUUUGUUAUUAUAUAAGGAACAUGUAAUAAACCAUCAAAAUAAUGUUAAAUGUAUAAAUAUGGAGAACAACGUAAGUAAUAAUGAUUUAUAUAUUCCAGAUCAAGAUAACUGGGUACAAUGUGAUUUGUGUGAAAAAUGGAGACGCUUACCACAAAAUAUAAAUAUGGAAAACUUACCAAAAGUAUGGUACUGUAAAUUAAAUAACGAUGUAAGAUAUAAUUCUUGUGAUAUACAAGAAGAAGUAGUUGUUCCAUAUAAUUAUGAUGUAAAUAAAAUUACUGAUAAAAAUACAAUCUCUUUUAAUAAUAACAAUAAUAACAAUAACAAUGAUUUUAUAAAAAAUGAUUGUUCUUACAAUAUUAUUAAUCCUCAUAAUAUUACAAAUUGUAAUAAUAGUAAUAACAAUAAUAAUACUGUUUCCCUUAAUACAGAUACCUUAUUAUAUAAGGAUACUAAUUUAUCACAACAAAAUGUUAAAGAUUCUAUUUAUUAUAUAAAUAAUGAAAAUAAAAAUAUUAUAUGCAAUACACAGCAUAAUCCCAUCUCUAAUAAUAAUUUACAUUUUCCCUUAAGAAAUGAAUCAGUUUCAUCCUUUUGUCAUAUAAAGGAGGUGCUUACACAUAAUAAAGACAAUAAACAAAAUAAUAAUGAGAACAUUUUAACAAACGAAAUUAAAAAAGAAGAAAACAAGGAAAAGAAAAAACAAACCAAAAAAAAUAAGCAAAUGUUGCAUAAUGAAGAAGGUGAGCAAAUUAUACACAAUGAUGAUUUGCAUUCACUAAGCAGAGAAAAAAAGAAAAAUAAAGAUACCUAUGAAAAUAUGAAAUAUAAAAAUAUCAUAAAAAAAAAUAUAAAAAAGGAAAGUAUAAAUAAUCCUAUUAUUUAUGAUUUAAAGCAAACUCCCAAUACACACCAAAAUAACAAUAGUAAUAAUAAUAAUAAUAUUAGUCAUGAUAAUAAUGGUUAUAAUAAUUCACAAGACGUGUACAAAAAUGAUUCCCUUGUGAAAAAAACAAAGAACGAUAAAAAUUCAAACCAAGAUAAUGCACCAGAAAUUGAUGAUAACGAAUGUGAAAAUUUACCUGAACGACCAAACAGCCAUUUUCAUAAUAUAAAUUUGCAAAAAAGAAAUUGUAAAACGAAAAAAAGAAAAACGAAUAAUUGUUUAUUCAAAAAAUAUAAUAGUGAUGGAGAUUUGUAUGAAAAAUCACAAAAAAGUUUAAAACAAUUUAAUAAAACUAUUAUGAGUGAUACAGAUAUGAAUUCAAAGGAUAAUGUUAAAAAGUUCAAAAAUUUUUUUAAUAAAAAAAAUAUGAACAAGUCAGGUCCUUUUUAUUCGUACAUGCAUUUUAUCGUUAAUUCCAAUUUAAAACAAAAAAAAAAAAAAGAGGAGUGUCCUUUGCUGAAUGAGAAAAAAAAUAAAAAGAAAAUAAAGGAAAAUGAGAACAAAAAUGAAACUGGGAAAGAAGAGGAACAGAAAAACGAAGAUGAAAAUGAAAACACAAAUGGAAUUAUGAAUAAUGCCCACAAUAUGGACACGGAAAAACGUAAUGUGAAAAGUGGUAAAAAAAAGAAAAAAGAAAGUACGACAUUUGUGAUAAAUAAUAUGUAUACUAAAACUAAUAAUGAGGAAGAACAGAAAGUGGAUGACAUUAAAAAUUUGGAGGCAUUACACAUGGAUCAAAUGAAAAACAUCAAGAGGAAAAAGAGCCAAACAAAUAAUAAAAAUAAAGAAAGUAUAAAAAUGAAAAAUGAAAAGGAUAAUGGGAAAAAUAAUAAUGAUGAAAUGGUUAAUUAUGUGGAGUAUAAUACAAAUAGUUUAAAAUAUAACAACAAUAGUAAUGAUGAUAAUAAUAAUCAUUACAAUAAUGAUAAUAAUAAUGAUAAUAAUAAUGAUUACAAUAAUGAUUACAAUAAUGAUAAUAAUUCAAAUGGACAAAUGAAUUAUUUAUAUGAAGAUAUUCAUAUGACAGAUAGCCAAAUAAUCAAACAAAAUAAUAUGAACAUGUCAGGAAGUUUUUCAAAUUUAAAAAAAAAAAAAAGUUCUGAUAUAUUAUUAAAUAAUAGUAUAAUUAAUAAUGUGGAUAAUACCAUCCAUACAAAUAAUGUACCUAUUAAUAAUACUGUUCCCGUUGUAGUUAACUGGGUACAGUGUGAAUUAUGUAAGAAGUGGAGAAAAAUUGAUGCUCAUAUUAAUAUAAGUUUAUUACCAGAAAAAUGGUAUUGUUCUUUAAAUUUUUGGAAUGCUUAUAAUAAUUGUGAUAUGGAAGAAGAAAUAUAUGUUGAAGAAACCGUUAAUUUGGAAACACUUCAACAUGUAAAAAAUAAUGAGAAUUUAAAAAGCAUACAAAAUGUACAUAAUAAAAGUAACACAAAUCAACAAAAGAAUGGAGGAAUGGGUUCACAAAAUAAUUUGAAAAUUCAAAAAAAAGUAAAAAGCGGAAAAAAUAGUGUAGCAACAAAUUACAUGAAUAAUAUGAAUAUUUCUACAAAACAUGCUGUAGAAAAAUCAAAAAAUGAUUGUAAGCAUAGGGUUAAUAAAAAAUCAAAUAAGCAUAGUAUGAUGAUUAAUGAAAAUAAAUAUGAACUGGAUGAAAAGGAUAUUAAAAUAUUUAAUGAAUUAAAUAAGAAAUAUUCUAAAAUAGAUAUUUUAAAUAUAAUAUUCAAUAAUUUGCAGAAUGAUAAUGAUGAAAUAAAAAGAAAUGAUUUAAUAAAUGAAUUUUUUACAAGUUCAGAUACUUUACCAUUAAAUCAAAAUAAUGACUGUGGUGGUAAUAAAUUAACAUUAGAUGAAUUAUUGAGUACUCCAAUAAGUGAAAAUUAUUUAUCACAUAUAAAUUAUGAUAUGAAUAAUAAGAAUAUAUCUAAUAAUAAUAUAAAUAAUUCAUGUAAUGAUGAAGAUAAAGAAGUAACGUAUGAUGAGAAGAAUGUUAUGAAUAAUGAUAAUGAGAUGUUUUACAGAAAUAUUCUUUCAUCUUCAUGGGCAUCUCAUAAUAACAAUGGAUUAUUACAGUCGUUAGAUGGUAUGUUAAAAAAAAAUUGUUUUUCAAAUGAAAAUUAUAAUAUAUUAAAUGAAAAGAAUGAAACGCAUGAUCAAAAUGGAAAGUAUAUAUUCCAUCCUAAUAUAAAUACAAAUAAUAUAAAUAAUAAUAAUAUAAAUAAUAAUAAUAUAAAUAAUAAUAAUAUAAAUAAUAAUAAUACAAAUAAUAUUAAUAGUAAUAAUAAUAUUUAUGGUAAUAAUAAUAUUUAUAGUAAUAAUAAUAUUUAUAGUAAUAAUAAUAUUUAUAGUAAUAAUAAUCCGUGUUAUAUGGAUUUAUUAAAGAAUAGUAAAUUUAAAUAUUUUUUGAAUUAUGAAAAUAUUCAUAAAAUGUUUGAUACUUUGCCUAAAUAUAACUAUACAGCUUCUGAUGAAGAUAAUAAAAAUAUAUCAAAUCAUAUUAAUUUAAAAUAUAAAAAUUUAUUUUACAAUAAUUCACGAGCAUGUGUUAAGAACGAUAUCACAAAUUCUUUGAGAAGAAGAUAUUAUUCAUGCAGUCGUUUUGAUAAAGGUAUAUAUAAUGACCAUCAUAUUGAUGAGGAGAACAGGCAAAGAAAUUAUUUAUCAGAUAGUGUUUUAAAAAUAAGAAAGUACAAAAAAAAAUUAAUUCAUGUUAAACGUGAAUAUAUAUUUAAGAUAAACAAAUUGAAAAAAUUAUUACAUAGUGAAGUGGAUGAUAAUAUAAAUGAGGACGAUAAAAAUCAAACCAUUUAUGAAAAAGAAAAUAAUAUAAGUGAGUGUAUAAAAAAUUGUAGUACAGACAUUUUUCCAGAUAUUGAAAAUAAGGUAGGUGAAGAAAGAGAAUUUUAUUCAUUCGAUGAAUGCAUACUUCAAAAUGAUCCGUUUAAAUAUGUAAAUUAUAUAAGCAAGUUAAAUACAUGUAUAGAUACAUAUAAUACAGAUGAUCAUAAAAUUAUGGAUACUGUUAAUAAUGUGUUCAAUGAAAAGAAUCUAAUAAAUGAUGAUAAGUUGUUAAAUCAUCAAAAUGGAGAUAAUAUUUACCAUGAAUUAUUUAACAAAAUAAAAAGUGAAGACUAUAAAGGUAAUGUAAUAAAUGAACAGCUAAAGGAAAUAAUUCCCAAGGAAUCAAAUUCAUGUCAACAUGAAAAUAUAAAUAUUAUGGGCGAACGAAAUAACAAUAUUGACGAAAAAAUAAAUAUUAUGGGCGAACAAAAUAACAAUAUUGAUGAAAAAAUAAAUAUUAUGGGCGAACAAAAUAACAAUAUUGACGAAAAAAUAAAUAUUAUGGACGAACAAAAUAACAAUAUUGACGAAAAAAUAAAUAUUAUGGACGAACAAAAUAACAUUAUUGACGAACAAAAUAACAUUAUUAACGAACAAAAUAACAUUAUUGACGAACAAAAUAACAAUAUUGUUAAUAAUACAUACGACGAUAUGAACACAUUUUUUGAUAACUUCCAUUUUGAAAAAGAUAAUAAUGAAAAUUUAUAUGAUGAUAAUAUAAUAAACAAUGAUAAUAAUGACAGUGAAAUUUCUAAUAAUUUAUUAUAUAAAAAGAAUUAUGAACUGUUUGAAAAUAGCUUGAAAAUGUUUAUUUUGAAUGAUGAAAUGUUUCAUAAUAUAAAUAACAAUAAUAAUAAUAAUAAUAAUUAUUAUUAUUAUAAUAAUUUUCAUUAUAAUUAUGGUUAUUGUGGAGAUGAUGAAUACCCAAUAAACUUUAAUCAUGAUAAAAAUGAAGUGGUUAAUUUAAAAUAUGAUAACUAUUUAAAUAAAAGUAAUAUUUAUGAAGGAAAUAAUAUAUCCAACAAAGAAGAAAAUACAAACUAUCUAAGCAAAUCUAUGGGACAUAUGAAUUCGUUUUUUACUUCGUCAUGUAUAUUAGAAACAUUGAAUAAUUAUUAUAUAAAUAAUAUUUUAAGGGAUGAUCAACCAAAUAACAAUUUUAUAAAUAAUAGUAUGAGUACAAAAGAUGAAAUAAAAAAAAGGAACAAAUCUGUAUUUUUAAAAAGUGAAGAUAAUAAAUUAAGUAUGGAUGAUUAUAUUAAAAUAAGGAAAUAUUUAAGUUUUUUAAACAUGGAUGAUAUGUCUUACCAACACAAUAUGGGUAGUGAUCAAAAUGAUCAAUAUGAUCAAAAUGAUCAAAAUUAUCAAAAUUAUGAAUAUCAUGAAAAGGAUGAGGAGUAUGAUGAAAAUUAUACAUAUGAUGAAAACAAUAAGGCUAAUUAUAGCGCUGAUUUUAAUAACAAUAUGUAUGAUGAUAAACAUCCAAGUUACAAUUUUAACAAGGAUUUCUCUUUAUUAAACAAUGUAACACUUACAAAUUUUGCUCCUCUUGACAAAUCAUUGAGUGGUCUUCAAGAAUCAAACGUGAAAGAAAAAACAAGAAAUAGUUAUAGCAAUUCAAAUAACAAAAAAGAGAAACAUAUUUAUCUUGAUGAAAAAAAUAAUAAAAAAAAUAUAAAAUUGAAUAACCCUAAAAAGUCGUUUUUAAAAGGUGGUGUUUUAUUAAAUAGAAGUGAUAGUUUCAUAAAGAAAGGUACAAAAAAUGUUUUGUAUAAUAAUAAAAAUAAUAAAAUAGAAAACUUUGUUAAUAAUGUUUAUGAACUUGAUACUGUAAGUAGUGUAUUACCAAGGGAAGCUUCAUUUAAUUUAAAUAAUAAGAAGGAUAACAGGGAAAGAAAAAAAGAUAAGAAAGAUAAAGAAAAAGAAGAUGUAAUAAUAAUAAAAGAUACAAAAAACAUGGAAGAAGAAAAUGAAUAUAUAUCUUUUAAUGUAUGUUAUGAUGAUAGUAUAAAUAAUAUUAAAGAAUUAAUUAAAAAUAGAAGUAGUCACCAAAAAAAUAGUGUUGAUAUGUACAAUGGGAAAUUGAUCUUAUCAAAUAAUAAUAUUAAUGGUAAUAAUAAUAAUAAUAAUAGUAAUAAUAAUAGUAAUAAUAAUAGUAAUAAUAAUAGUAAUAAUAAUAAUAAUAAUAGUAAUAAUAAUAAUAGUAAUAAAAGUAAUAGUAAUAAUAUUUAUAGCCAUAGUAAUAAAAUUAAUCAUAAUAAUAACGCUCUUGGUAACAACGUGAAAAACAAGACUCAUAUUUAUGAACCACCAUCUUCAUCAUGUGUCAAAGAAGAUAAUGAUAAUAAUAAUCAAAUUAAAAUAACAAUAUUAAAUACAAACAAAUUGAAAAAGCAUAUCUUAAGUAGUAGAGUGAUUAUGUACUCCAAAGGAGCUUCCUUAGUAUAUAAUGUGGAUGAAAUAAAUAAAAAUAGUAUUUAUUUCUAUAAUAAUGAAGAAGAAGUUUAUUUAACGAAAGGAAAACAAAAACAUGAUGAUAUAAAUAAAGAUCAACAUAAUGAAAUAGAAAGUAAUAAUAUAUAUAUUAAUUAUGCAAAUAAUAUUAAUUUUAAUGAAAAGGAUGAGUAUCAUAAAAAUAACGAUGAUAAAAAUAGUACUUAUGAUGAUAAUACCACUGAAGGAGGGAAAACGAAAAAAAUUGGUACCUCCGUUUUUAAUUAUGAUUAUAAAAAAAUGAUCCAUGAAAUAAGUCUCUUCAAUAGUAAUAUUAAAAAACAAAUACCACAUAUAAAAUAUAAGUUCAAGAAAUAUAUUGAUACACCUCCAGAGAAAAAAAAAGUCUCCACGAAAAAAAUAAAUCAACGAUGUCAAAAAAACGAAAAAAGAAAAAUGUCUUCAAGAAUCAUAAAUAGUCCCCAAUUUAACGCAAAUGAUUGUAAUAUAAAUAAUAUAUUGAAUGAUCACAUACAUAAUGAUACUAUAAAGAAUAAUAUUACGAAUAAGGAACAAGAGAAACAUAUCCUAAAUAAUAUAAAAAAAAAAAUUGAAAAACGUUCAAAUGACCAGCAUGUCAAUAACAUAAAUAGGAAUAAUACGGAUGAUAAUUACGCUGAUAUUAUAAAAAAGGUUGAACAAAAUAUUGGUGUAUCCAAAAAUAAAAAUAAAAAUAAACAAGUCAUAUGUAAAAAUGUUAUAAAAAAGGAAAAUGACGAUCAUGUUGUGGAUGUUAACAAUGAUGAUACGGUUGCUGAUAAAAAUAUAACUAUUGAAAAAAAUGAAAAAUUCUUAAAAAAAAAAAAUAGCAGUUCAAAAUAUAGGAUACAUAAUAAUAACAAAGAAAAGGAAGAAAAGGUAGAAAAGGAAAAAAAGGAAGAAAAGGUAGAAAAGGAAAAAAAGGAAGAAAACAAAUUAAAUGAUAAUUUAAGUGAAACUUACCAUGUUAAUAAUACACAUCAACUUUUUAACACUCCAAAGUUUAAUACAAAAAAAGAUAUGUCGAAUAAUGAACAAGUUCAUGAUGAAUAUAAAAAUAAUACAAAUAACAAAAAAAAAAAAACGUUAUUAAAAAAUAUGGACAACAAAAAAAAUAACUUGUCAGAAAUAAAGGAUGUACAUAAGGAAAUAAAAAAGAAAGAUAUAUCACAUAUAAAGGAUAAAAAUAAAAAACGUACUCUUAAAAAUAACAAUGAUGUUAAUAAAGAUGAUCAAUAUGAUGAUGAUAAUAAAAAUAAAGAUGAUCAAUGUGAUGACGAUAAUAAAAAUAAAGAUGAUCAAUAUGAUGAUGAUAAUAAAAAUAAAGAUGAUCAAUAUGAUGAUGAUAAUAAAAAUAAAGAUGAUCAAUAUGAUGAUAAUAAAAAUAAAGAUGAUCAAUAUGAUGAUGAUAAUAAAAAUAAAGAUGAUCAAUAUGAUGACGAUAAUAAAAAUAAAGAUGAUCAAUAUGAUGAUGAUAAUAAAAAUAAAGAUGAUCAUAAUGAUGAUGAUAAUAAAAACAAAGAUGAUCAUGAUGAUAAUAACAAUAAUAGUGAUCAUGUGAUAUAUAAGGCUUCUUCCCAACUCAAAAAAAGAAAAACGUACCAAGAAGAAGAUGGAAAAAAAAAUGAUGAUGCUGAUUAUGAUGAAGGUCUUUUUUAUGACAGUGUUAUUUCUCAUAAGUUACCAAAUUCAUCAUCCAAAAAAUAUAAAAGGGAUAACCGCAAUUUUGAAGAUGAUAAUAAGGAAAACGAUCUAAAUUAUGCACUUAAUGUUAACAACGAACAUACUGAAGAAAAUUAUAAAACUCAAGCCAUUCAUAAUAAUAAUAAUAAUAAUAAUAAUAAUAAUAAUAAUAAUAAUUGUUAUGACGACGAAAAGGAAAACAAAGACGAUAAUGAUUUUGAUGAAAAAACAAGUUUGAAUAAAUCUUUUGUUAAAGAAUUGGAAUGCUUAAAUCAAAAAGAAGGGGAACGAAAAAAUAGCAUGAACGAAUCAAAGGAUAUGGAUAUUAUUCAAGAGGAGAAGGUGAAACAUGCUGACGCUUCAAAAAAUAAUGACAAUAAUAGUGAGCUCAAUAAUAGUGAGCUCAACAAUAGUGAGCUCAACAAUAGUGAUUAUUCAUAUAAAUAUGAUAAGGAAAGAGAAAGUAUACAAAGUAUUAUGGCACAAAGAAAAAAAUAUGAUAAUGAUGAUGAACUUAUGUCACAUAAAGACAUACAAGAUGAAUACUAUUAUGAAAAAAGGAAAAUGGGUAGUGCUAGCCAUAAAAGGAAAGUAUUUUAUCAUGGUAUACAUAAGGAAAAUUUGCUUAAAGGGGAAAAUGAAUUUAUUGGAAAUAAGGAUAGGAGAAGUAGUUUAGAAGAAGCAAAAGAUGAGGAGAGAUAUAUGAAACAAAGAUAUGAUUUUAAAUGUGAUGGUAGUAGCAAGUAUGGAGGUAGUAGUAAAUAUUACGAUAGUAUUCAUGAUGGUAGUAAAUAUUAUGACAGUGUGCAUGAUAACAAUAGUAUGUAUAACAAUAUAAAUAAUAUAUCGAGUAAAAACAAAAAAAAAAAUAUAAAUGAUAAAAAUUAUAAUUCUAUGUAUGAUACUUGUAAUAAUAGUAUAAAUUUUGAAAAAGAUCAUGAUGACAAUUCGAGUGUGUCAUCCAAAAUGUAUUAUUUAUUAAAAGAUAAAGAAAAAAAAAAAAAAAGUACAGAAGAUCCGAAUAGUCAAAAUGAUCAUAUGUAUACUAGUAAUACAUACAAAAAUAAUAAAUAUGAUCAUCAUUCAUAUCACUAUGAAAAAAAGUAUCAUGAAGAAAAAAUUAGGAGAAAAGAUAAUAAAGGAUUUGAAGGGGAUAGUAAAAGAUGUAGUGAAUUAAACAAAAAUCAGGAACAUACAUAUAACACAGUACAAAAGAGAAAUAAUCAAGAUUAUAAUAAAAUUCAUUAUGAUAAGUAUGACAAAUGUGACAAAUAUGAAAAGUAUGGAAAAUAUGAUAAAUAUGGAAAAUAUGAAAAAUAUGGAAAAUAUGAUAAAUAUGAAAAAUAUGACAGAUACAAUAAAUAUUACAAAUAUAAUUACAAUGAUGAAAAUAAAAAAAGAAGUUUUAUGGUAGGAGACAAUACAUAUAAAAACCCAAGGAACAGUUUUCAUGAUGAAGAAAAAUAUUCACAUUAUGAAAAAAACACUAUACAUGAUAGUAAUGCAAGGAUAUAUGAAAGAAGGAAAACAAGUAUUUUUAGUAAUAAAUAUGAAAAACCAUAUUAUAAAAAAAGUGUCGAUGAAAAGGACAAAGAUGAUUAUCAUAUAUAUAAUAAUGAUAGAUAUGUUGACAAAUAUGUUGACAAAUAUGAUGACAAAUAUGAUGACAAAUAUGAUGACAAAUAUGAUGACAAAUAUGAUACAUAUGAUGACAAAUAUGUUGACAAAUAUAAUUAUAAUGAAGAGAAUGAAUCACAUAGAGACGAAGAAUUUUAUUAUAAAAAAAAUAAAGAUCAGUAUGAAAGAGAACAUAAAUAUGUCCAUCAUCAUAAUAAUUAUAAUCCUUAUAAAAAAGAGAAAUAUCAUAUAUAUACAAAUAAAAAACUUAUAAACAAAAAUUAUUAUUCUUAUAGAAAUAGUCAAGAUAAAGUUGAUAUACAAAAUAAAAAUGAAUAUAUUAACAAUAAUAUAAAAUAUAGUAAAAGAAAAGAUUCAGAUUUCUUUAAAAAAAAUUACAGGAAUUCAUAUAAGCAUCAUCCAUAUGAUUAUAAAUAUAAUCAAGAAACAAAUAAUAAAUACCAAGGACCCCACAAAAGGAAAAGUCACCUUUUUACAAAUGAUUAA